UACAGCUUCCUACAUUUCUCCCGCCGCUUUUUAUCACGCCCGCUAUAAAUAGUGUGGUCGCCGCCGAAACGACAUUCAGUAGCCUUCGCGCAGUCUACAGAAGUGCACGAUGAGAGUACUGAUUGUUGCCGCCGUCCUCGCCUGCGCCGCCGCAGCGCCCUCGGGCCUGCUGGCUGGUCCCUACGGUCAUGGUCUCAUCGGCCAUGCCGCUCCCCUGGCUUAUAGCCAUGGCGCCCCUCUGGCUUACGGCCACGCCGCCCCCUUGGCUGUAGCGCACGCCGCCGUCCCCACCAUCUCGCCUGGUGACAUCCAGGGUGCCGCCAUCGAUGCCCAUGUUGAGGCUGCUGACCACGUCCGCGCCGCCGUCGACCAGGCUGCUGAGCUCCAAGGUCAGGCCAUCAACGCCGCCGAGGACCACUCGUGGCAGGCUGUUGAUGCCGCGAAGACCCACGAGGCUCAGUUGGACGGUGCCGCCGCCGGCGCCGCGCCCAUCCUCGCUAAGCAGCUGGCCGGUCACGCCGGAGUGUACGCCGCCGCUGCCCCUAUCGCGCACGCCGCCUACGCCGCUCCCAUCGCGCACGCCGCCUACGCCGCUCCCCUCGCGCACGCCGCGCCCGUGCUCUCGCACGCCGCCUACGCCGCCCCCAUCGCGCACGCCGGCAUCGCGCACGGCGGCAGUCACUCCGUGUCCUCCCAGUCCCUGCACCAGACCCACCCCGCCCCCCUCGUGCACGCCCCCGUGCUCGCGCACGCCGCUCCCGUCGCCUACGCCGCGCACGCCGGCUACGCUCACGCCGGCCUAGCUCAUGCCGGCUACGCUCACGCCGGACUCGCUCACGCUGGCUACGGUCACGCCGGUCUUGCCCACGGUCUAUCCCACUGGUAGACUGUUAGAUUUACAAAAAGUGCCAAAUAUUUUCUAAUACUCAAACGUUUCGAAUUUAAAUUAAA